UCACCCACCUCCACCGCACUGGAAAAAAGAAUCUUCUUAGAACAUUGGGAUUCAGCGUCAUUCUCAAUUGUUGACGAAGCGAAUCAGUUCUCAUCCACAGCCGCCGCCGCCGCCUUGUUUUUUAAGGCAUCUUCCUCUUCGGAACUCCAUCCGCUCUCUUCGUCGUAAAAGCUAUGGAGGCGGCGGACGAUGGGUUCCGGCCUCUGGACGUAGAAGCCGUGGUGGAGUACAUCAAGGACACGCCCGCCCUUCGCGCCCUGUUGGGGGAACAGUUGGAGGGCCUCAGCGUCAAAGAAGUCGGCGACGGCAAUCUCAACUUCGUCUACAUCGUCUCCGGCCCAGGCGGAUCCUUCGUCCUCAAGCAGGCUCUUCCUUAUGUUCGCAGCGUUGGUAUUUCGUGGCCUAUGUCAAAGGAGCGUACCUAUUUUGAGAUGUUGGCCUUGAAAGAACACGGCCGCCUGUGUCCAUAUCAUGUACCAGAAGUCUACCAUUUCGACAGACCAAUGUCCUUAAUUGCUAUGCGCUACUUGGAACCUCCACACAUUGUUUUGCGGAAAGGAUUAAUUGCUGGAAUAGAAUAUCCAUUGCUUGCUCAACACAUGUCAGACUUUAUGGCAAGAACACUUUUCUUCACAUCGCUGCUUUACCAUUCUACACUAGAGCACAGAAAAGCAGUGGCAGAGUAUUGUGGGAAUGAGCUAUGCAGGCUCACAGAGCAAGUUGUUUUUUCAGAUCCAUAUAAGGUGGCUCAGUAUAACCGUUGGACUUCACCUUACCUUGACCAUGAUGCUGAGGCGAUUCGAGAGGAUGACACCUUAAAAAUCCAAGUUGCUGGAUUGAAAUCCAUGUUCUGUGAUAGAGCACAAGCUAUGAUUCAUGGAGACCUUCACACUGGUUCUGUCAUGGUGACUAAUGAUUCUACACAAGUCAUCGAUUCUGAAUUUGCAUUUUAUGGACCUAUGGGAUACGAUAUAGGAGCUUUCUUGGGAAACUUGAUUUUGGCUUUCUUUUCUCAAGAUGGGCAUGCUAAUAAGGAUGAUGACCGGGAGGCGUAUAAGAGGUGGAUUCUGAAGACGAUAGAAGAAACUUGGGAUCUUUUUCACCAGAAGUUUGUCUCUCUCUGGAAUGAGAACAUUGAUGGGCACGGUGAGGCAUAUCUUGCAGAUAUCUAUAACAAACCCGAAUUGCAACUCCUUGCUCAGAAGAAGUACAUGAUUGAUUUAUUUCAUGAUUCUAUUGGAUUUGGUGCUGCCAAGAUGAUAAGGAGAAUUGUUGGAGUAGCUCAUGUUGAAGAUUUUGAGUCGAUUGCUGAUACAAGCCGUCGGGCAUUCUGCGAGCGCCGUGCCCUGAAUUGUGCCAAAACACUUCUGAAGGAAAGAUGCAAAUUGGAAACCAUCGGCCAAGUAAUUUCAGUCAUUGGGGAGACUUCAGCUCGUUUGGCAGUUGAAAUUGGAGGAGCUUAAGUUGAAAUUGGAGGAGCUUCUUGCCACCAUGAAGUUCCACUAGUAGAAUGACUGUAAAAUGAUCCAGUGCUAUACACACGUUGAUCGAUCAGUGCAUUCUUGUCGACUAGAAAAUAUGGGGAGAUGUAAAUAUUACACGAGACCUAAUCUUUCUGCUUGAGUUAUUCCUUAA